AUGGAUACCUCGGAAAUAUCAGAUUCGUUCAAAUUCCCCUCCGAUGCGGCCUCAGCCUCAGAUUCGACCGCUGAUGGCGCAGGGUCUCACAAAUCUCGGCGGCAGGUCGCCUUCUACCCCAACACCAAGUCCUCCAGCAAGCCUCAGAAGCCAUUCAGUCGCAGCGCGGCGAAGCGGGAGAGUGUCAUGGCUCUCGGGAGCAUAGAGCAUUUGCAGCAUUACUUCACAAAGACCGGUAUUGCAGCGGAAAGCAAUCCUCUGAACAAGCCGAACAGUGGGAUGGUCCCCGCAAUAGGUGGUCCGUCGACGUUGACCAUCAGACCACCCUCGCACAAGACGCGCGAUUUUCUGCUGCCUCCGUCGCCUAUUGUCCCGCAGAUCGUGCAGCCGGCCUUUCCACCGUUCGUGAAGACGUAUGAGACCGAUCCAGAAAAUCUCCGGCCUGGGGUGAUCGAUGACCUCAGCACCGUCGCGGCAGGCUGGGACCUCGAUGGCAGUCUCCGCGAGGAAGAGCGGGAGCAGGAGCAGGAGCAGGACCCGAACCUCCUCGGGACGGGGGUGGUCGCAAAGACAAAGGAGCAAUUCGACGUGCUCGGGCUGCUGAAGACAACGACGCGCGCGGUGCGCUCGGUGCGCAACUACCUCGUAUCGCUCCCCGACGACUCGGCGACCCCCAUGCUGCAAACGUACUUCCGCCCGCAGAGCCUGCCGAGCGCGCCCCCACCGCGGCGGCGAGUCUCCCAGCCAGACUCGGCUUCGGAGCCACUGGCGCGCAUCCGCCGCGGCGCGCUGGAGGUGCUGACGGUGCUCCGGGAGCUGGAAGAACGGGCACGAUUGCCGCUGGAGCAUGACGCGUACGACGCACAGAGUGAGCAUAGCACGUCGUCGCCGGAGAACAGCGCGCACUCGCGCGGGGCGUCGCCCUCGUCGCAUCUGGAUGUCGACGACGAUCUGGAGGGUGACACGUCGUUCUCGAUCUCAUUCGUGGAGGUGAGCGGGCAGCAGAAGCCGAUCCCUGUGUGGGAGGACGAGUUAUCGUACGACAUGAACAAUUUGAGCGAGGAGGAGCGGGGGAAACGGGAUCGGUGGGACGAGCGGCUCGUCGUUGGCGGGGGUUGGCUCUAUCGCCAGGAUAUGGAGAUGUCGGAUCUUCGUCAAGAGCGGGAAGUUGUUGGGCGGUAUUUGGAUAUCGUGGAUGAGGUGCUUUUUGGAGGGGUACAAAACGGACGUCGGGGCUGGGAGAAGGAGCGAGAGCGGGCGGCGCGGAGAGAUCGCGCGGAGCGAGUGAAGGGGCGGAGAGUUAGUGCUGGCGAUGUUCAUGAUCAGGGAGAGACGCAAAUGAGCCGGUCGAAUCGGAGGGUGGUAUCGACAGGCAUGUUGGAUGCUAUGCGAGAUAUGGUGGUUACGGAGGAGCCGGAGGAGAUGGAUUCGGUGGCAGAAGAGGACAGUGUCGACGAUGAAGAGCUCCCAGAUUGGGCGAAACGGUCAACAUUUAGGGAUGAUUCUUUGGGUCGUUUACAUGCACUGCUAGUUGCACUUCUCCCUGCUAACCUUUUACCUCUACUUCCAUCCCCUCCGCCAAAUCGCGCCAGUAUUCUCCAGGCACUCUCGUCAGGACAACUGCUCUGUGUGGCGUACAACGUUGGUGUACGUCGCUCACGCAAGCCAUGGGGGUUUGUGAGCAAAGACGCAAUCCAUGAUAUUGCUACGCUAGAGGCGCAGUCGGCGGGGGACACGCAGAAUGCAGAGAGGGGCAAGCGAGGCUGGACCUUCAGGCGAACGGACAACUUGCGCCUUUGGGCAGCGGCACUGAAGUUGCGCUAUUCGCUGCCCGUAUCUUCUCCGGCGAAGACGAGCUCAUCUAAAGGUAAUAUCACACCCUCCGAUAGCACAACACCUGUCCCUUCGCCUUCCUUCCCCAUUCGAUUUCCAAGCACGAACGAGGAGCCGAUUAUAUUUGAUGCGCCCCUUGUCGCACGCCAGGAGAACGAGUGGGAGGAUAUGCUGGAGACUUUGGUGCUUAAGUGGGUAGAUGCUGUUGUCGACGAACGGAGAGGCGAGAGGUGA